AUGCCCAGCGACGAUGUUUGCAAUGAAUACUUAACACUCAAGGAUUUGGAAUUCAUGGAAUAUCCAGAGGAGAACAUGACCAAGUUUCUAGUUUACCGCAUUGCAGGAAUCACGCCAGGUAUGUUGAAGUGUUUGACAGCCAUAGUGGAACAUGUGCAGUGCAGACUCAACAGAAGAUCAAGAACAAAAAAAAAACAAUUUUUGAGAUUAAACAGGAGCUGA